ACAGAACACAUAAUCUUUAGUUCAAAGAUAGCAGAUCCCAAUCAGAGACGGGGACCGGCUGAUUAUCAGUUGUCGCAGAAUGCCUAGAAAUUUCGUAAGGCAACAACCCAAUAAAAAACAUUUAAAUCUAAAAGAGCUGUUACUAUGCUUGCUUUUCUGCUUGCUGAGCAGCCCAAGAGUAGAAGCGGGCUCAGUCACCGGAGUCCCUGCCUGGUUACGUAGUGUCAGGACGGAAUUAAUCUCACCUUUAUCAGAGAUGCAUAGCUUUAAAGUGCCCAAAACGAGGAACUCGCAGAAAUCGGAACACACGCAGCUCGUGCAGCAAUUUCCCAGCAAUUACCGAUUUCGACAGCGUCUUCAACCUGGGUAUCCAGCUAGGCGGCAGCUAGUGUUUCUUGCUUUGCUGCCAUCGGUUGAGUCAGAUAACAGGAAUGACUGCAUCAUGCCAAAGGUGCUGGCCGUACUGGAGUUGGGUAUUGCAGAAGUGCAGCGAUUGGGCUUUAUUGGUGGUGUACAAAUUGACAUAACUCUCAUAUCACGCGAUACAUUCUGUUCGUCAACAUAUGGUCCACUGGGAUUCUUUGAGAUUUACACACAAUCGCCGGAGAUUAAUGCUAUCUUUGGAUUGCCUUGCGAGUACGUAUUGGCUCCUAUUUCACGCUACGCAGAUGUUUGGCAGAUACCUCUACUUACCACGGGUGGAAAUGCUGGCGAGUUUAGCAAGAAAGCGGAAAGUUACUCAACUCUAACACGACUAAAAGGCGCGCAAGUGAACAACCUGGGCAAUAUGGUGCGCGCCAUACUCAACACCUACAACUGGACACGCACAGCCUUGAUCUAUCAGAACGAGAAUGCCAAGGUUAGGGGCAACUCUGUGUGCUUUCUUUGCCUAGCAGCCAUUCACGACACCAUUGAGAACGAAUCAGUUUAUCAGCUGGGGUUUGAUACCGCCCAUUGGACAAAAUCAUAUAUUAUACGGUUGCUACGCAACGUAGCAAUGCGCUCGAGAAUUGUGAUUAUGUGCGCAGAUCCGCAGUCAAUACGUCAAAUUAUGAUGACAGCCGAGGAGCUCAAGAUGAUUGAUAGUGGUGAAUAUGUAUUUAUCAACAUUGAAUUAUUUUCGCGAGUGCCAUAUAUGACAUCGCUCCCAUGGUACGAAAAGGACGAUACAGAUAUGAAUAACGAGCGCGCCAAAAAGGCCUACACUGCUAUGUUAACUGUCACACCAAAGCAGCCAAAUGAUGAUGCUUACACAAAGGUCUCUAAUGAGAUUAAGAAAAUUGCAUCGCUUAAAUAUAAUUAUACAUUCAGUGAGAAUGAGCCCAUUUCGGCAUUCGUCACAUCAUUUUUCGAUGGCGUCCUGCUGUAUGCCAAUGCACUAAAUGAGAGCAUCAAAGACGACCCUAGCAUACUGACUAGACCCAUAAAUGGCACUGACAUGGUUAGGCGCAUGUGGAAUCGCAGCUUCACUGGCAUCACUGGAAAUGUAACCAUUGAUUCAAAUGGAGACCGUAUAUCGGCUUACUCGUUGCUCGAUAUGAAUCCCACCACAGGAAGAUUCGAAAUUGUCGCGCACUUUCUCCAUAACCGCUUAGAAUUCGAAGCUAAGAGGGAAAUUCAUUGGCCCGGUGGGAGAAAUCAAGCUCCACCAGAUAGACCAAUCUGCGGCUACGAUGGAUCACUAUGUCCAGACAAUUCGCUACCUGGAUAUGCCAUUCUGUCUAUUGUGUUGGGCACCAUUGUAGUAAUUAUGGUGGUAUGUUUCUAUUUUAGCUAUCGUCAUUACUUGGCCGAGGCAGAAAUUAACUCCAUGAGCUGGAAGGUCUCCUUGGAAGAUGUUGUGUUUAGAGACGCCACUGAUCAUGGCAUACGUGGUUCCUUCCACUCACUUGUUAAGCAAGGCUCCCAGACAACACUAAUGUCUGAAGAUAUGGGUUCUAUAAAUGGUGAUCGCCAAAUCUUUAUUCCUGUAGGCAUGUAUAGAAAGAGAAAAGUAGCCAUAAAGUCCAUUGAUCUGAGCAAAGUGCAAAGCGUUCUUUCUAGAAGACAAAUGCUAGAAUUAAAACGCAUGAAAGAUCUGCAACACGAUCAUUUAGUUAAGUUUUAUGGUGCAUGCUUGGAUCAACGACGCAGUUUUCUGCUAAUGGAAUACUGUCCCAAAGGUUCUUUGCAAGACAUUCUAGAAAACGAUCAAUUUCAGCUGGACUGGAUGUUUAAGCUGUCAUUAAUGCAUGAUAUCGUCCGUGGCAUGCAAUUCUUGCACUGCUCCGACAUUCGAUCCCAUGGGAAUUUAAAAUCAUCCAAUUGUGUUGUAGAUUCCAGGUUUGUGCUUAAGAUUACAGACUUUGGAUUACAUAGUUUGCGCCGUGCUCAUGUUGACAUUGAAAAUGAAAUUGAGCAUUGCAACAGCCAUGCUUACUGGAAAAAUCUAUUAUGGACAGCACCGGAGCUUCUGCGACUUGAAAAUCAACGUCCUCCAGAGGGUACACAGAAAGCCGAUGUCUAUGCAUUUGGAAUAAUUGUACAUGAGAUAACAACGAGACAAGGUCCUUUUUACUUGGGAAAAUUUACACCUGAAAAAUCACCAAGAGAGAUUAUAGAAUUGGUUAAGAACAAAUCUAAAAUAACGCUAAAACCCUUUCGUCCAGAGCUGGAGCCAUGGGAGAAUAAUGAUACCAAGGCAGAUGUUGUACGUAUCAUAAAACGUUGCUGGUGUGAAGACCCUACCGAUCGACCAUAUUUCAAUACGCUUAGAUCAAUGAUACGCAAGUUUAAUAAGGAUAAUGAGACUGGCAAUAUUGUGGACAAUUUGCUGAAACGGAUGGAGCUGUAUGCAAGCAAUCUGGAGGAGCUUGUCGAAGAGCGCACUCAAGAUUAUUUGGAGGAGAAGAAAAAAUGCGAGAAGCUUUUGUAUCAACUACUGCCUCAAAGUGUGGCUGCCCAAUUAAUCAGCGGUCAGCCUGUUGUGGCUGAGACAUUCGACCAAGUGACUAUCUACUUCAGCGAUAUAGUUGGGUUCACAGCAAUUUCUGCAGAGAGCACGCCCAUGCAGGUGGUACAGUUUCUUAAUGACUUGUAUACCUGCUUCGACUCAAUUGUGGAAAACUUUGAUGUGUAUAAAGUAGAAACAAUUGGCGACGCUUAUAUGGUGGUAUCGGGAUUGCCUAUACGCAAUGGUAACUUUCAUGCACGUGAAAUUGCGCGCCUGGCAUUAGCGUUACUAGAAGCAGUUCAUAACUUUAGAAUACACCAUCGGCCCAAGGAUAGACUUAAGCUGCGCAUUGGACUACACACGGGUGCAUGUGUUGCUGGAGUGGUUGGUAUGAAGAUGCCACGCUAUUGCCUUUUUGGGGACACUGUGAAUACGGCUUCCCGCAUGGAAUCCAAUGGCGAGGCCCUUAAGAUUCACAUAAGUGAGACAACGAAAUUGGCGCUAGAUGAGUUUGACACAUUCGUUACAACACGUCGUGGACUUGUGCCCAUGAAGGGUAAAGGCGAAAUGCUCACAUACUGGUUAGAAGGCGAGAUACCCAAGCCAAAUUCCCUAAUAUCAACUGGGAAAUUGUUGCUAACUAGACGCUCGUCACUUAAACAGCUGCAACGGCAGACACACUCACUUUACAAGCAAUACUCAGAGCUAGCAGUGGCCAACAUAUUAGCGACGCCUAUGCUCAGCGUAUCACUCCCUACAGGUAAUCAAGCAACCCAUCCUAAUUUGCAGGUAAAACGUAAAAUUAGUUCCAGUUCCCCAAAGCUAAGCGAAGCGUGUAAGAGUGAUCUCCAUAAUUAUUAUUUGGAGACGGGACAGCAUGGUGAUCAGCCAAAUCACAUAUAUAGCAGUCGCUCACUGCGUGCGUUAUUUUCUCGACGAGAAGACAGACCAGGAAGUAUGAAUACUGAUGACAGCUGGCAGUUAGCACACUUUCGCCUCCCAUUGAGCGGCACACUCAAGCAACACCACAACAACAAUCAUCAUGGCCUACACGUGCAAUCGGGGUCCAUUUCCAAUCUGAGCGGUAUUUUGCAACCAAUACCAUCUCAGACGAGAUCACGGCUACGGCCAUCCCCCAUGAUCUCAGCUCUCUUGAAAAGUAGUCGCAGUGACAUUGGUGCUGUCACUUCGGAAACUGGCAGUACAGGCAGCGGGCAGCGCAUCAAAUUCGCAAAAUAUGAUGAAGUUCCGCUACUUAACCACAAAGCGGAAACAGUGCAUCUGCCAGCAAUAAAGAGGAAUAAUCACAUGCAGCGUAACAAUAGUUACUGCUGUAAUCAGAACGUUCAAAGUGACAUGUGCAGAUGUAACACAUAUUGUAAUAUUUCCAUAAGUAAUAAGCAGAUACGCUGCAAGCCCGCAUCCGUCUCAAAUAAUCAUGUCCAAGAAUAUGAGCUGAACCUUACCGGGUGCCCGCGUUCAGCUGUAGUUUCACGAGGUGCAAGGACCACAAAUUGUGCAACGCAGCCGCUGUUGACAUAAAUUGUUAGUAAGAGCAAUAGUCAAGCUCACCCUUCCAUCUCUUAUCUCCUAUGAAAACGUACAGAAUUUUCAGACGAUUGAACAAUUUCUAGUACCUACUCGAGAUCAUUCAUAUUAAAUACACUUAUAUGUGAUAAUACUUAUUGAACUCUAUUAAAUAAAUGUAAUAGAUAUUUGAAUAAGUAAAAUAUAUGUAGAGU